CACAUUGCUAAUGCACGACAAACACAGUCAUACACAUCCCAUCCAUCUAGCCAUCCAUCCUGGGACCGACCAUGCCCAUGCCCAUAUCCACUUCAACGCCGUCGUCGUCAUCAUCAGCAUUGCCAUCGUCAUCAUCAUCACCUUCGUCACCAUUAGAGCUCUGGCUGGCAAUCACACAGAAAAUGCUCGCACUGCCUACCUCCUGCCUGCCGGGCUGGUUGGCUGGCUGGGGUAGCAUGCCUUUGCCAGAACGAACGAACGACCGACCAAAUGAACGUAAAAAGCGUUUUAAUACGGCUGUGGCUUUGUUGUUGGUGUUGCCUGGCUGGCUGCUGCUGCUUUGGCUUUGCCUUCAUUGUUGCUGCUGCUGGAUGGCUGGCAGACUGGCUUGUGUUUUUUGGGGGGCUUUUCCUUCGUGGUAGCUGUCGUUAUGCGCUUCCACAAUGCUCUGCUGAAUUUUCAAUUUUAGUUCAGUUGUAAGCUGACUGCAAUCAGCGUUGGAAGUGAAAUAAUUCUUAAAAAUUUUGUGCUCCUCAUCGUUUUGACAGAUUUGUUGUGAACAACGCUGUUUUUUUUUUUUAUUUGUAAUUGAUAGCGAAAUAAUUUGCGGCAACGCGGCUAGGAGAGAACUGCAACUCUCCUCCACACAACUCUUCUCACACUUAUACUCGUUUAUACAACACGUGUUUGAUAAGACCAACAAUAAUACCGAAAACAAUAACAACAACUAGCAUUGUGCUAACAAAAGCAGAAAGAAGAAAUUAAAAAAAAAAAAAAAAUAAAACAGAAAAGCCGCAAAAACGACCAGCCAGCCAAAGGCUGUCGGUUGUUUGGCUGAAACGCAGUUUUACAAAUUUUGUGGUGGCUAAAGCAAAAACAAAAUAAAAGCAACUGAAAUUCCCGGUUUCCCAAGUUUACAAGCUCCUUAACAAGGAUCUCUGUAGAAAGUUGGUAUCGUAGUAAUCAAAAUAUAAAUCCAAGCAUCGGCUAUCGAAGCCGGCUCCGUACAUGGCUCCGAAAAAGUCCACCAUUGUCCUAAACGUAGAACAAUUUAUAAGGGACGUUGAACAGCGUCCCGCAAUAUGGAAUCGUAAUUUCCAUUGUAACAAAGCAUUCCUAGAACAAAUGUGGGAUGAAUUAUCAGCGGAACACAAGUUGCCAAAGGUGGUAUUAAAAGCUAAAUGGAAGGGAUUACGCGACAAUUUCCGUGUUGAAUAUAAACGUAUACCUCGUUCGGAUAGUGGUGAUUUUUUGGUUGAACCCGCUACUUUUGAAUCGAAGUGGAUACAUUAUUAUGCUUUGUUGUUUUUGACCGAACACAUGCGUCAUCGAGUACCCAAAAAUGAACAAGAUCAAGCAUUUUUCUUUGCUCAACAAAGUCAAGAUUGUGAAAAGACCGUGGUCGAGCCGGAUUUAACCAAUGGCCUUAUACGACGCAUGCAAGAUUCUGAUGAAGAAUUCGAUGAAGACGAUGUUGAGGAAGACGAUGAUGAAGUCACAGAAACCACACCACCAGCUGCACACUCACAACCACUUACCUCGGUUAUUAAUUCGGUGCCAGGGUCCAUGAUAAAAGUCGAAGAAAAUCGUAAUCUUAGCAAGCAAAACUUUGAUAAGGAAGUGCAGGAUUUAUCUAAGAAAUCUUUAGACAGUGCAGCAACAAAUUUGACGCUGGCGUCAACAAGCCCAGUACUGCAGCAACAAACACUAACACAGACGCAACAACAACAAUCGCAACCACAACAGUCACUGUCACAGCAGCAGCAACCGCAGGCUACAACCAUAUCCUCAACAACAACAGUAGCUUCAACUAUGGGGCAAAAUCUUAACAUAGCCCCACCGCCUAUACCACUGAUAUCUUCAUCUCCACCGUCUCCUUUGGGUCUGGGGCAAGUAAUGCCCGCUGCCUCAUCCACAACCACAGUGGCAGCCUCAUCUUCAUCAUCCUCCUCUUUGUCUUCAUCAUCAGCAUCUUCUGUCUCAAGUACUACAUCAAUUUCGCCGCCAUCAUCGUCCACCCCAUUGACAGCUUUGAAUUUAUUCCAAGGCUCACCACCGGUAGCCCAUUCCACAGCAUUUGCUGUAGCCGCUACUCUAGCCUCCAUGAAUGGCAGCUCAACUAACAGCUCACUACCCUCGAUGUUGCCGCUAUCACUCACCUCAACAUUGCCCAGUGCUUUGGUAUUGCCCAACACUUGCCUGGCCACAGCAGCAGCACAGCAAAAAAUACGUUCGGUAUCACCACCUCCACUCUACAAUAAGGCACACCAUCCACCACCCAGCAGCAAUAUAACAAUGAACAAAGAACGCAACGAUGAUUUCCCCCUCAAUGUGUCAACUUGCCUGCAUGGCAGUCAUGAGCAUUUAAAUUUUACCAAAUACUCAUAUACCAAUGGUCUCAUACCGGCGCUCAAGCUAAAGAGGCCCCGACUCUCGGAGGAUAGUAACUUUAAUGGUUCAUCAUCGAUGGAUACAUCGACUCCCACACCCACCCCAUUGGUGCCCGAAGAUGAUGACUAUCAUUAUUUGCUGUCACUGCAUCCAUAUAUGAAACAAUUGACGGCGGCCCAAAAAUUACGAAUACGCACUAAAAUUCAAAAAUUGAUAUUCAAAGAGCUUUACAAGGAAGACUUGGAAGAGUCCAAGUAAGCAAUGUGCGUGCGUUAAUAUCAUUGGCACAGUGAUAGACGAUUGUUGUUUGUAUAGGGACGAACAUAUUUGUCAAGAAUUGAUGUUUUCGUUUGACACCAGAAUAUAUUGAGAAGAAGAAAAAAAAACCAUACCAAAGUCAUUAAAUAAUAUGUAAGAAGAGUCAAUAGUGAAGGGAAAGGGAAUGAGGUAGGGAGUAUGAUUUUUAAGAAGUAGACUGGAUAAAUUUUAAGCUAAUGCCAAAAUUUCUGUACAAAAUUUCUUUUAAAAAUAUGCGAAAUCGGAGAAAAAGGAAAAUAUUUUCAUAUAUUUCAAGGUUUCUAAAACCCUGUUUACACUGCUCAUUAAAUCCGGAUUUAAAGCGCUCGCCCCCUGAUUUUAUAAAGGAAAAACAGAUGAUCGAGCCAUUAAAUCCGGAUUAAAAGAGCAAUGUAAACGAGUUUAAUGCGGCUUUAAAGCAUUAAAUGAAGGUAUCUCUUAUUGUGUCCAUCAUAGUUGUCGAUAACCUUAAAAAUCCCUUAGAAGGGUAGUUCUUUUACCCUUUUCGUUGAGAAAGGGUAGUUUUUUACCCUUUACCUUGGGAAAAUGUAGUUCCAUUGACCUUACCUUACCCAGCUAUAUUAGAUCCUUUAAGGAGGUGAUCUUAUUGUAUGACCGAACAUGUGAAGUGAAUAAUCUGCACAGGCCAUUUUGUAUAACUUUAAACAGGGUAUUUUGUGAGAGAAAUUGCAAAUAAACGAUAUUGACAUCGCUUGAAACCAUUGCCGGCAUAAUUUUUGUUUGUUUUAAUGGUUUCAAGAACAGCAAAUUUUCUGUACCGUUGGUCACGUGAAAAGCCGAACAGAAUACCAACCCUAUGUUAUUUUUGUAUGACAUAACCUUAAAAAUGUAACAACAGUUCAUACUUUAAUGCUUUAAAAUUGUUACAGUUAUGAGAAGGCUGGCUAAAUCAUAAAGUUGUGAAAACAAUUUUAUUUUGCGUUGCUUUCAUCCGACUGACAGCAAAAACAGUUGAUUUCUUUAUGUUUUUGUCAGAAGAAAUAGAGCUUCGAAAAAAGAGCUAUUUUGAAAAGUGACUUUCAUAUGUUAGUUUCAUUCGUAUCACACUAUGUGUGCAACCUCAGCAAAUGCAAAAUUUGACAUGUCAUAAGACAAGCACAUAUUGUCUGAUAUACCUUUAGUGGAGAUAUAUGUUUGAAAUAAGACUUCUUGAUUGGCCACUGAAGUUGGCCAUCGUCUAUCGAUCUUCAAAUGUAAACGUCUCAUUGUCACAUGGCGAAAAUGAAUACUUUUAGGGUACAGUACAUUAGGCAAGGUAAUAAUUUACUCAAAAACAAGAAUCUACCAAACCAUUGGAUGUUUCUUCCUUCAACCAACUUGAUAAAAUUAAAAGUUUAUUUAGAUUUUUCAUUUGAAAUCUCGUUGAAAUUCUGGAGUCAUAUUUCACGGUAAUAUCUCAAUCGUUCCCUAAUCCUUAAGCCCUUCAACUUUGCUCUCAGCUAUACUAAGACACUGUGUAAAUAUUGCUAUCUAAGUUCCUCUCUAUAUCCUUUAAGUUACACAAAAUUUACUUUUUAUUAUCAAAUAAUGGUUUCAAUUGACCUGUUUUCAUUAUAUCAUUAUUUUUACUUUGUAUUAAAUACAAACAUUUUUGGAAUAUCUUUUAUGUGUGUGUUUUUUUUUUUACUUAUUCACAACGCACUUAAGAAUCUCAUGUAAGAUUUUCUAGACUAAUGUAUUAGUUUUCCUAAGAAAAUAUCCUUAAGAAAACAACAACAACAAAGAGCAUUUACCAUGGAA